AUGGCUUCUGCCUCCCCCAGUAACAGUGAAGGUGGCGACGGUGGAGGGAGCGCCUUUCCCCGGGCUGUCCCAUCAUCCACCGCACAGCUUCAUGUGGACGACAGCAGUUAUAGUUUUAGUCUUCCACGCAUUGAGGGAAUACGGGUCGGCCACGUCCAGCGGAUUUCUCUUGCAUCGGACACAACUGUUAUGAUGAAGACCCUCAGUCUAAAGCCAUUGAUUUUUGAGAUCCCUGGUUUUCUUUCGGAGGAGGAGUGCCGUGUGGUGGUCCAGUUGGCUCAGCUGAAAGGCCUCAUAGAGACCCAGACACCAACUCGGGUUCAGGCCCAUGAUCAGUCUAAACUGCCCUUGCUGUCUCUCAGCACUGAGGAGGUCUUAGGCCUGCUGGACCUUAACCAGGACGGCCUUCUGCAAAAACAAGAGAUUGUCAGUCAUUCCCGUUCUCAAGACGGCACUUGGCUGAGUGCACACAGUUUGCGGCAAAUACUGCUGAGCCUGGAGGCCCGCUCAACAGGAGCGCUCACUCUGAAGGACUUCCAACAUAUCUAUGCUGAAUCCCAAAGCACUACGCAGCGUACUGGGAAACUCACAAAUCAAUACAAGCAAAGAAACAAAAAUACAUGGUUAUAUCAAGGCCAAGGAUCUCAUCAUGUACUUCAGAUACUCAAAAAGCGAGUGAUUGGCUUGACUCGUCUUCCUUUGCAGCUGGUUGAGCUAAGCGAACCUUUACUGGUGAUUCGAUAUGAACAUGGAGACUACAGUGAUGCCCACUACGACAGCAGUCCUACAAACCCUGAGACGUCAUGUGCACACACACGCUUAGCCAACAACGCAUCCUCGCUAUCUGAAGUCACGUGCAGGUAUCUCACAGUGCAAUUCUUCCUUAACUCUGUAGAGGAAGGGGGUGAGACCACCUUCCCUGUUGCAGAUAAUCGCACCUAUGAUGAAGAUGGUCUGGUCCAAGAUGGUAUUGAUUUGACGGAUACACAACAAACGUGUCACAGUGGAAACCUUCGAAUCAAACCCAUUGUUGGCACUGCUUUGCUUUGGUACAAUCACCUCUCUGAUGGAAAAGGUUGGAUGGGUGAAAUGGAUGAGUACUCCCUCCGCGGAGACUGCCCGGUCAAACGAGGGCUGAAGUGGGCGGCCAGCAGCUGGGUAAAUGUGGAUCCAGAUCACCUCCAACAGGCCCGAUACCAGAGACUAGUUUCCCAAAGACACCAGGCGCAAUCAGGCCUUGAGGACUACUCCCAUCCCAUCUCACACAACAACCUCCACCAGGAUCUAUAG